AAGAAGUAUCUCCUCAAUACCGACUUGAAUUACAAUAUGUCAUGUCAAUUGUGGCGGUUAUAUCUUUUGACAGACGACUUUUUUCGGUUCCUUUAAGACAUUCUUAAAGGGUCUUAGUUCUGGAGAGUUGAAACUUGUAGAAUAUUAAUUAAUUUUCAUUCUUUCCUUCCCUUUUUUGUUUUGCGAUUCAUCAGGUUAGGUAGCUACAGUUUUUCAAAGUCGCUGCAUGUACAAGCUAAAGUGGCGAACAAAGGAGAUAAAAUUGUUAAAAAAGAAGCGGGUAGUGUUGAAGAAUGGCCGCUACCAGUAAUGCUUUCUGGGUUGAAUAGGGAAAGAGAGAUGUCAGUUAUGGUGACUGCUUUGACACAUGUAGUGGCUGGAAAUGUGCCUGCAGAUGAUUCUGAUUGCAUAAGUGAAGCAUUUCCAAAUAAUCAAGAUAAUUGUGCUCAUGGUGAUUUGUCAGCGAAGAGAGAAAGGGAAGAAGGGGGUGGUGGCAGUGAAGAGUAUAAAAGGCACGGUAGAGCAUUUGGCGAUGACUUCUUGCAUGGGGGCUCAUCUUCUGCUGGAAGAGCCUCAGGAAAAUCCAUCAUCACCAUGACACCUGCAGCCACACGGAUGGCAUUCACCCCCGUAUAUGAAUAUAAUGAAACCUGCAGAGACGAGCCGAGGAGAAAAUACAGGGGAGUGAGGCAAAGGCCAUGGGGCAAGUGGGCUGCUGAAAUAAGGGAUCCAUUCAAGGCAUGUAGAGUUUGGUUAGGCACUUUCGACACAGCUGAGGCUGCAGCAAGAGCCUAUGAUGAAGCCGCUCUCAGAUUUAGAGGCAACAAGGCCAAACUAAACUUCCCAGAAAACGUCAAGCUACGACCGACUCCCCCAAAUCCAAUAGCAAACCAGUUGACCGUCUCUGAUUCUCCGAGUAGCACCGGCCUUCUGUCCGUUCCUACAUCCACCGAGGCCAUAGUUCAUUCCCAAGCUCUUCACCAUACGCAGAACCGUGAGAUUUCAAGAGAGCAGGUGAACCAACCUCAAUUGAUCUUAGGUGUUGGUGGCUAUCAAAGGCAACCCAUGAGUCUAUACGACCAAAUGUUUCUGUCACCUCCACUUGUUUCGUCUUAUCCUUCGAUGUCUUCUUCAACAGAGUAUUCCGAUCCUAUGUUUUUACCAGCUCAGCAACCAGGCGAGAUUAUGCCUGCCACUAGUAGCCAAAGUGGUGGGGAAGAAUUUCAGUUGCCAGCGUGGUCAGAUUAUAGCCAUUACUAUACUUCGUCUUCUGGAUAGCCCAUACAUCUCAGCUUUUAUUUUUCUUCGACACAACUUUUUCCACCUGCUUUGGUAGGAUACCCGUGUUUCUAUGUUACCAUCGAUUUUUUCCUGUUGGCGAAGGUGUAAUUCGUUAUUAAAAGAAAAUAAAAUAUCAUUUAUCAAAACAUAAA